AUGUCAUACAGCCAUAAAGACAACAAUGACGAAUUAGGUCAAUGGCUUGAAUUAUUUUUUGGUUUGCCUUUUCUACUUCCCACUGAUGUUGAUGAUGCGUUUAUACAACUUAUGGCAAUAAUAUGUCCAGACUUAGAAGUUGGGAGUUUAUUUUCAGACUGCGUGUUACUCGCAUACAUUGAAGAUGAUUCGCUAUUUCCACCUAUUCUUGGGGCUCAAGUACCGUCAUUAAAUCCAAGAACCACCAAUGGAGCAGAAAGUUUCCACAGAACUUAUAACGGACAAUCUUACAGCACACAUCCUCCUACACAUGCAGUAAUUUCUGUUUUAAAGGAGACCCAAACACAACCCGUGGCAAUAAUCAACUCCAUUGAAAAUAAUAUUACAAAAACCAUGGCAAGCUAA